AAAUAAAAAAAAUUAUUUGUAUUUCUAGACCUGAAUGAGAGGAUAAAUAUCUAAUAUUUUUGACUUGUUAAUGCUCGUGAACAAAUUCGAGUUCGACUCAAAUUUAGAGAAGCUCGGCUCGAGCUAGGCUUGGCAAAUUUUCAUAGAGUUCCAGCUAGCUUGACUAGACUUUGCUUAAAAACUUAAUGAACGAAUCUGAACACUUCAAAACUGGGCUUGAUUCGGCUCGUUUGCAGCCCUACGUAUAACAAACCGAUAUCAAACUAGUUACACCUAUAUAUAAUCUCCAAACUCAUUCCUCUUGCAUCAAGAUUCCAGUAAAAUGUUUUCCAAGCCUCGUAUAUUCCUCAUGAAUCAAUUAGUUUUCCUCUUUUUACUUCUCCUUUCAGUUCUCUGCUUCGUCCAGGUACAAUCAGCCCCGGGCCAGAACAACUCGUCCGGAAGCAAUUUCAAACCAAGCCUGGCAAUAGUAAUUGGAAUCAUGUCCAUAAUGGUUUCACUAACAUUCAUCCUCAUCGUCUACGCGAAGUUCUGCCGCAGGACAGACAACGCUCGAAAUGAUGAUCACCAAUCUGUCAACAAUCUCCAGAUUCCGAACGGAUUCGUAAGACAGAAUUCACUGUAUCGUGGAGUCGAUAAAACGGUGAUUGAAUCCAUACCUUUCUUCAGGUUCUCUUCCCUUAAAGGGUCAAGGAGAGGGCUGGAAUGCACGGUUUGUCUCUCCAAAUUCGAAGACGUUGAGAUCCUUCGGUUAUUGCCAAACUGCAAGCACGCCUUCCACAUUGGCUGCAUCGACGAGUGGCUCGAAAAGCACUCGGGCUGCCCUCUCUGCAGGGUCAAAAUCGACGCGGAAGAUCUUGGCACGAUAACAUACGCGGAUAGCACGAAUUUCUUAUCGAGCCAGCAGGCGGAGGUGAUAGACGACCCGGGCGAGGAGCUUUUCUUCCAAAGGGAAGAUAGUACCCGGUCCGUGUCUUCGAGAUUUAACUUUCGAAACAGCUUGAGGAAAUCGGGCAGGGGUGUUAUGAAGGCAGAGGAAUCGCCAGUCCAAGAAAACAAUGACGCUGCCGACAAAAGAGACAACUCUACGCAUAAGCUCAAUCACAAGAUCAUUGUGCCCGAUGUCGUGCUAACGAGAAGGUGGAGCUAUCUUAGUUCGUCCGACCACGUGAAGUUGAAUUCAGAAAUGCUUGGCGAUGUCUCACGCAAGAGGUUUUCUUGUCUCGAUAUAGACACACUAGAAAACUCGACAAGACGGGCGACUGAAGAGGGUGGAAUCUCGGAGAUCAAGGAGGAGACGGGGAGGAAAAAGGUUUUCGAACCCAAGGUUGGUAAGUUGAACCGGAAUAAUUCGUUCCCAUCGUCGAGGGACGCUAAUUAUUCGAAUCGAUCGGGAGUUUCGAAUGCGAAUGACAAGCGAUCGAUGUCGGAAAGUACUGGAUUUUCACGAUUCAAGAGGAAUGGCAGUGCAAGGGAAUCCUCAGUUGCUCAAAAUGGUGGAAAGAAGGACAGAUUUAAGAGGCUUUGGCUGCCGAUUGCGCAAAGAACAGUUCAAUGGUAUGGUGAUAGAGACAAUAAAUCUCAACAGUCAAACAACAUGAGAGAAUCGUUGAAUGUUUAGUUUCAGGGAUUUUAAGGUUAGAGAUAAACUUAUUCACGGCGGGGGACGUGUUUUCAAUUUUGACCGGUAGAAAUUAAUUUUUUUUGAACAUAAAUUAAUGUCACCUGUCAAAAUUGAUUUUCAAUCCGAACCGUCCAAAAGUAUUUUGGACGCGCACGAUUUAGCACCGUAAAUCUUCUUCACGGGACGCCGGUAAAUAAGUUUUUCUCUAUUAAGGUCUGAUGUAUCUAUGAGUAAUUAUUCAGUGGUGUUGUGCGGUGCCUCAACACCCUUCUCCACCACACAUUUUUGUGAAAACCAUAUGGUUAGUACUGGAUCCCACAGAAAUACGUGGUGAAAAAAGUGUUUGGGUAACCAUCUACCGAUGCCCAAGACUACUGAAUAAUCUUCCCUAUGUGUAGAUAGAGUGUGUUUUUGUUUUUAGCAGGAACAGAUGUACUUCUGAUUAUAUUGUUUUCAUGAUUAGACUCGUUCUUUAUUCUAGAGCUUGGCGA